AUGCUCAAUUUCUCCUGUAUUGGUAGAUCUGUGCUUAGAAGGAGUUUUCUCCACACUGGCAAUGUCCUAAGAGCAGAGGAAGCGGCUGCAAAUGUGAGUAAAUUAUCAAAAGAUCAAUUGAAGAAAAGAGAGAUACGUCGAUUGGCUCAGCGAAAAGCAGCUGCUAAGAAAUCACCUAGUGACCAUCCAUUAUACAUGUCGAUUCCCAUGGCCCUAAGAUUUUUACGGGCUGCAGAAGUUGGGCAACCGCAGACACAACAGACCAUAACCUUGACGACGGCCGUUGUUGCUGAGAGAGGUGUACCAGCACUAGCAGGUAGUGUUUCUUUCCCAAAACCAUUGAAGGAAGUGAAAAUUGCAGUUUUUAGUGGUGAUGAAGAUCAAUUGAAGGUGGCCCGUGAAAAGUUUAACUGUCACCUUGUAGGUGGAACUGAAAUCAUCGAAAAGAUUAAAUCAGGUGAGAUCCCAGUGGAUUUCGAUAAGGCAUUCGCCACUCCCGAUAUUGCUCCAGCUUUGACGUCCCAACUGGCAAGAAUUCUAGGUCCUCGUGGUGUGCUUCCCACUGUGAAGAAGGGUACUGUAGCUACAGACGUCAGUCGUUUGGUCCAGGAUAGUAUGGGGUCAAUGCCUUUCAGACAGCGUGGUAACGCUAUCAGUAUCGCUGUAGGUAAGUCAAGUUUCUCUGACAGGCAGAUCCUCGAGAACGCAAUUGCUACACAUGAUGCAGUGAAAGAAGCACUUGCUAAUCAGGUCUCUAAGAAGACCAGUCUUUUGGGUAAGACGACUCUCUCUAGUACACAUGGACCAGGUAUCGUGAUUGAUUUCGCUUAG